AUGCACCGUGGGUUGUGGCUACUCCUGAUUACUUUAUGCCUGAGCGAGAAACUUGCCAGAGAGGGAGAGAAGAAAUCCUAUGGAAAGCGAUGUGGAGGCCAAGACUGCAGUUGGGGCUGUAAAUGCUUUCCUGAGAAAGGAGUGAGAGGGCAACCAGGACCCAUUGGAAUUCAGGGUCAAACAGGUCCUCAAGGAUUUGCUGGCCCCAGUGGUUUAUCAGGGUUCAAAGGAGAAAGGGGCUCUCCAGGCCCUCUGGGAGCAUAUGGACCAAAAGGAGAUAAGGGUCCCAUGGGAGUUCCUGGUUUUCUUGGCAUUGAUGGGAUUCUGGGACACCCUGGACAGCCAGGGCCCAGAGGCCCACCUGGCCUGAAUGGCUGUAAUGGAACUCAAGGAGCUGUUGGAUUUCCAGGAUCUGAUGGCUAUCCUGGGCUGCUUGGACCACCUGGGUUUCCUGGUAAGAAAGGAUCUAAAGGUGAACCUGUCCAUACCCAAGGUAGUUUCAAAGGAAUAAAGGGGGAUCCUGGGCUGCCUGGACUAGAUGGAAUCACUGGCCCACGAGGAAUACCUGGCUCUCCAGGAGCUGUAGGACCUAUAGGAUCACCAGGAUUUCAAGGUCCUCCAGGCCCUCCUGGUCUCUCUGGUCCUGACGGGAAUAUGGGGUUAGGUUUCCAAGGAGAUAAAGGAGACAAGGGGGAUGUUGGUCUCCCUGGCCCUGCAGGACCCCCACCAUCUACUGGAGAACUAGAAUUCAUGGGAUUUCCCAAAGGAAAGAAAGGAUCUAAGGGGGAAGUGGGGCCUCAGGGUUCCCCAGGAACAAGUGGCCCUCCAGGACUUCCGGGAUUUGGAAUUGCAGGAGAAAAAGGAGAAAAAGGCAUCUCUGGUUUGCCAGGACCUAGGGGUCCCAUGGGUUUAGAAGGAGUUCAAGGACCUCCUGGGAGUCAGGGCAAGAAGGGGUCCUCAGGUUUCCUUGGGCUUAAUGGAUUGCCAGGAAUUAAGGGUGAAAAGGGUGAUGUUGGCCUGCCAGGCCCAGAUAUUUACAUCGAUACAGAUGAUGCUGUGAUCUCAGGUUAUCCUGGAGAUCCUGGUGUGCCAGGCCUCCCAGGACUUAAAGGUGAUGAAGGCAUCCAGGGCCUGCCUGGCUCUUCUGGCAUCCCCGGAUUACCAGCUUUACCAGGUGUGUCAGGUGACCCAGGGCCGCAGGGAGUUCCAGGCCUGAAAGGGAACAAAGGAAACCCAGGCCAAACCACGAUUGGGGCAUCUGGCCUUCCUGGCAAAGAUGGUUUGCCAGGCCUACCAGGCCUACCAGGCCUACCAGGCUCACCUGGUCCAGCAUUUGAGCCUGGAACACUACAGAGCACAGAACCAGGAUUUCCUGGUCUCCGAGGAGAACGAGGUCCAAAAGGAAACCAAGGUCUCAAAGGUGUAAAAGGGGACUUGGGAUUUUGUGCUUGUGAUGGUUCUAUCUCCAACAGUGGACCACCUGGGGAGACAGGCCCACCUGGGCCACCAGGUCAUAUAGGCCUUUCAGGCCUUAAAGGAGCCAGAGGAGAUCCAGGCUCUAGAGGCACACAGGGCCCAUCAGGGUCUUCAGGUUUAUUUGGGCCUCAAGGUCCUACAGGUCCCAAAGGAGAGAAAGGAGAAUCAACCCUCAGUACAAGAUCAGGGAAGCCAGGGGAGCAGGGUGAUCCUGGCCCUCAGGGGCACCCAGGAGAGACAGGAUUACCAGGCAAGGAUGGAUUACCAGGUUUACAAGGUCUGCCAGGCUUUCCGGGUGAUGCUGGACAGGGAUUCCCAGGUGAAAAGGGAUUCCCAGGGAUUCCUGGAGAAAAAGGUCAUAGUGGUUCUCCUGGUCCCCCAGGAAUUGGAUUACCAGGGUCUCCUGGACCUCGUGGACCUCCUGGAGAUCAAGGAAUAGACGGAUUGCCAGGGAAAACGGGCCUCCCUGGGCCUCCAGGUAUCACCUUGCCUUGUAUUAUUUCUGGGCCAUAUGGUCCAUCAGGAUCUCCAGGAUCUCCAGGAUUCCCAGGGCCUAAAGGGGCCCCUGGCCUCCCUGGGACUCCAGGUCAGCCUGGAUCACAUGGAAAUAAAGGAGAGUCCGGAAAUCCAGGAUCACUUCACCUCCCUGGAUUUCCAGGAUUUCCUGGACCUCGUGGGGAUAAGGGCUUGCCUGGGUUUCCUGGGCUCCCCGGAAAAGACGGCUUGCCUGGAAAAGUUGGCAAUACAGGUUUACCAGGUUCCAAGGGAGUCCCUGGUGACAUCUUUAGUGCUGAAAUUGGUGCUCCGGGGGAACAAGGCCUACAGGGAUUGCCAGGGGACAGAGGAUUUCCUGGAGAUUCUGGCCUUCCAGGACCCAAGGGUUUGUCUGGAAAGUCGGGCUCGCUAGGUCCCAAAGGUGAGCAGGGCAGCCCUGGAACACCAGGCCACAUGGGACAGCCAGGUAUUUCCGGAACUGUUGGUUUACCCAUCAUCAAGGGCAAACCCGGGCUACCAGGAGCACCAGGCCUUCCAGGUACUUCAGGACAUCCUGGAAAGAAAGGUCCAAAAGGUGAAACAGGUCCCCCUGCAUCAACUGGACAGAGAGGUCUGCCUGGGCUGAAAGGCCUUCCUGGAUCUACAGGGUUAAUUGGAUUCCUGGGGAACUCAGGGUUGCCAGGGAAUACUGGACUUUCAGGCCUGCCAGGUUGGAAGGGUGAGAAGGGGUCUGUUGGACUGAUAGGUUUUCCAGGGAUACCAGGUCUCCCCGGGAUUUCUGGUGCAAGUGGAUUAAAGGGAAUUCCUGGGUUGGCUGGAAAAAUGGGACCAUCUGGAAGGGCUGGUAGCCCUGGUGAAAAAGGAGAAAGAGGAGAUCCAGGGCCAGUUGGAAUUCCCAGUCUAAGACCUCCAAUGCUGAACCUCCAAUUCAAAGGAGACAAAGGCUCUCAAGGCUCAACUGGAUUGGAUGGAUUUUCUGGACCCAGAGGUGAGAAAGGAAAGGCUGGUCUCCAUGGGCCACCAGGCUUGCCUGGAGCUCCUGGAUUCCCCAAUACCAUCAAAGGACAUAUUGGGGAACCAGGCUCCCCUGGCUCCACAGGACUUCAGGGAUUACCUGGCCAGAAAGGCUUACCUGGAAUCUCAGGCUUCCCAGGAAUGCCAGGAGAAAGUGGUUUGCAGGGUCUCAGAGGAGCUCCUGGGCUCCCAGGAGUAUCUGGCCUCCCAGGUUCAAAAGGAGAUCAAGGCCAGACACUUGGACUUCCUGGUAGCCCAGGACCUAAGGGACAACCUGGGGAACCCGGUUCGAAAGGUAUGAAAGGAAAAUCUGGACUAGUUGGUGACAUGGGUGUUCCUGGAAUUAAAGGUGAAGAUGGGAAAGUUGGUAUUUCUGGAGAUGUUGGCUUUCCUGGCUCCCCAGGACCCCCUGGGAUUUCAGGCAUAAAAGGAAACCCAGGGCUUCCAGGUUCUCCAGGCCACCAAGGGUCACCUGGGCCCCUGGGACCACUUGGCCUAAUAGGAACAAAAGGUUAUCCUGGAAUUCUUGGUUUACAUGGACUAAAUGGGCUUCCAGGAACCAAGGGUACCCAUGGAACUCCAGGACCUAGUAUAACUGGUGUACCAGGUCCAGCUGGAUUGCCUGGUCCCAAAGGAGAAAAGGGUUCUCCAGGAAUUGGCACUGGCGCCUCAGGCAAGCCAGGCGUGAAAGGACAAAAAGGUGGCCAAGGUUUCCCAGGUCCCCAAGGUCCUGCUGGUCCCCCUGGUGCCCCAGGCCUCUCCUUGCCGUCAGUAAUAGCAGGACAGCCUGGAGACCCUGGACGACCAGGCCUAGAUGGAGAACGAGGCCAAUCAGGCCUCCCAGGCCCCCCAGGCCCCCCUGGGCCAUCUUCGAAUCAAGGUGACCCUGGAGACCCUGGCUUCCCUGGAAUUCCUGGUCCUAAAGGGUCUACGGGAGACCAAGGAAUUCCAGGUUUUUCUGGCUUCCCUGGAGAGCUAGGACUGAAAGGCAUAAGAGGUGAGCCUGGCUUCAUGGGGACUCCAGGCAAGGUUGGACCACCUGGAGAUCCAGGAUUUCCGGGGAUGAAGGGAAAGGCAGGCCGAAGAGGCUUUUCUGGCCCCCAAGGUGCUCCGGGCCAAACAUCAAUUGCAGAAGCCAUCCAGGCUCCUUCUGGACCCAUGGGUGUCCCAGGCAUCAAUGGCAUCCCUGGUCUCACCGGGGAUCCUGGGGUUCAAGGCCCUUUAGGCCUACAAGGCUCCAAAGGUUUGCCUGGCAUCCCUGGCAAAGAUGGCCUGAGUGGGCUCCCUGGCCCACCUGGGGCUCUUGGUGAUCCCGGUCCCCCUGGACUGCAAGGACCUCCAGGAUUUGAAGGUCCUCCAGGAAAACAGGGCCCCUUUGGAAGAGCUGGAUUGCCUGGACAGAGCGUGAGAGUGGGUUACACCUUGGUGAAACACAGCCAGUCAAAACAGGUGCCACUGUGCCCUGCUGAGAUGACCCAGCUGUGGGUGGGUUACAGCUUGCUAUUUGUGGAGGGGCAGGAGAAAGCCCACAACCAGGACUUGGGGUUUGCUGGCUCUUGUCUGCCCCACUUCAGCACCAUGCCCUUCAUCUACUGCAACAUCAAUGAAGUGUGUCACUACGCCAGGCGCAAUGAUAAGUCCUACUGGCUCUCAACCACUGCUCCCAUCCCCAUGAUGCCCAUCGGCCAGACCAAGAUCGCCCAGUAUAUCAGCCGCUGCUCUGUGUGUGAGGCACCCUCGCAAGCCAUUGCUGUGCACAGCCAGGAUGUCACCAUCCCGCAGUGCCCCCUUGGCUGGCACAGCCUCUGGAUAGGGUACUCUUUUCUCAUGCACACUGCUGCUGGCACCGAGGGUGGAGGCCAGUCCCUGGUUUCACCUGGCUCCUGCUUAGAGGAUUUUCGAGCCACUCCUUUCAUUGAAUGCAGUGGUGCCCAGGGUACCUGCCACUACUUUGCCAACAAGUACAGUUUCUGGCUGACAACAGUAGAGGAGAAGCAACAGUUUGGGGAGGAACCUGUACCAGAAACAUUGAAAGCUGGGCAGCUCCACACACGAGUCAGCCGCUGCCAGGUGUGUAUGAAAAGCCUGUAG